AUGCUAAGCAAGCAGGCUGCACAGAUAUCAGAAUAUGAUCAGAUAAAACAGUUCAGGGAAUUCCUGGGAAUCUACAAUAAACUUACAGAAACCUGCUUUUUCAACUGCGUUAAAGACUUCACAAGAGAAGUAAAAUCUGAAAAGACACCUCAGAAUGAAGCCCUGACAGCUGAAACAGGACUUCUCCGCCACCCUCAAUAG